CGUCUGCUAAGAAACAAAAACACAGACCCAAUUGCGAACGAACUCAAAAGUUUGUGAUUCCGCUAAAGCCACCCACGAGAUCUUUUCAUUUUUAUGAACAGGGUCGUCUCUCAAAUAAGAGGAGGAACCCCCAUUUCAACGAAUCUUUUAUCUUCCAUUCAUCUUGUGCCAAAAAAACCCAAGAUUCCUUCGCAAGUCUGCUUCCAAUUCAAGCAAUCAAUUUCUGUUUUUUAGCUUCUGUAACAGUACCAUCAUUCAUGGCGGACUUGUAAAUCGUAUUUGAUUCAGAUGGUGAUGAGUAUAACAGCAAAUAGAGUUGUGGGUAGUGAAAGAUGGAGGAGGCUGGAAUCAUCGCCACCAACUCUUUUCCGUUUACGUCAAUUUGAGUUGAAUCUUUCGUCAUUCCUUCGAUUCCCUCCAUCUCAAUUAUCUUGUACCUUCCCGUUACGAUUCAACAACAUCCGAAACAGUUCCGAUAAGAAAACCACCGUAAGUAUCAGUACAACCAAGAGAGGAAGACGCACCGGCGGAAAUACCAAGAAGAACGGUGGUGGUACGGUUGUCACCGGUGAGAGAAAGAAGGUUGUCACCGGUGAACCAGUGGUGGAUGAUGGUUAUGCCCAAAUAAGAGGGAAACAGGAGGAUAAAAAUGGGAUUAAAGAAGGGUUAUUCAAUGUCCGUAGUUUGUAUCAAAAUGGUGAUCCUCUUGGACGGAAGGAUUUGGGGAAGUCCGUGGUUAAGUGGAUAAGCCAAGGUAUGAAGGCAAUGGCGACUGAUUUUGGGGAUGCUGAAUUGCAAGGGGAGUUUUCUGAGAUUAGACAAAGAAUGGGUCCUGGUUUAACUUUUGUGAUUCAGGCUCAGCCUUAUCUUAAUGCCAUUCCAAUGCCUUCUGGUCUUGAAUCUGUAUGUUUGAAAGCCUGCACACAUUACCCUACCCUCUUUGACCAUUUCCAGAGGGAGCUCAGGGACGUCCUCCAGCAACUUCAGAGCAAGUCUUUGGUUGAAAACUGGCAGAAAACCGAGUCUUGGAAGUUGCUCAAGGAACUUGCGAGAUCAGCUCAGCAUAGAGCCAUUGCAAGGAAGGUUUCUUUGCCAAAGACUGUCCAUGGUGUUUUGGGCAUGGAACUAGAGAAAGUUAAGGCGAUUCAGGGCAAGAUUGAUGAUUUUGCAGAAAGGAUGGCGAAUCUUCUUCGUGUUGAACGAGAUUCUGAAUUAGAGUUUACCCAACAGGAAUUAGAUGCUGUCCCUACAACCGAUAGUUCGGAUUCAAACAAACCAAUUGAAUUCCUUGUUAGUCAUGGUCAGGCGGAACAAGAACUAUGUGAUACUAUAUGCAAUUUGUUUGCUGUUAGUACUUUUACGGGAUUAGGUGGAAUGCAUCUGGUUCAGUUUAAGGUAGAAGGAAAUCAUAGGUUGCCACCAACAACUUUGUCUCCGGGAGACAUGGUUUGUGUGAGAACAUGUGACAACAGGGGGGCCGCUGGGGCGGUUUCUGGUAUGCAAGGUUUUGUUAACAAUUUGGCGGAGGAUGGUUGUAGUAUCACUGUGGCGUUAGAAUCCCGCCAUGGUGAUCCGACCUUUUCAAAGUUAUUUGGUAAGAGUGUACGCAUAGACCGAAUUCAUGGAUUGGCUGAUGCAGUUACAUAUGAGCGCAAUUGUGAAGCUCUGAUGAUGCUUCAGAAAAAAGGUCUGAAUAAGAACAACCCUUCGAUUGCUAUCGUAGCAACACUUUUUGGAGACAGGGAUGAUAUUACAUGGUUGGAAGAUCACAAAUUUACCGACUGGAGUGAAGCAGAACUUUCCGGAACUAGAUAUGUUAAGAAUUACGAUGAAGCCCAAAGAAGGGCAAUUGCAUUAGGUUUGAAUAAAAAACGGCCUGUUUUGAUUGUUCAAGGUCCUCCCGGUACCGGAAAGACAGGUCUACUGAAGGAAUUAAUAGUCCUUGCCGUUAAACAAGGUGAAAGGGUGCUGGUUACCGCACCUACGAAUGCUGCAGUUGAUAACAUGGUUGAAAAACUCUCGGAUGUCGGGAUUAACAUAGUAAGAUUUGGUAAUCCUGCAAGAAUAUCUCCGGUUGUAGUUUCGAAAUCUUUAGUUGAGAUUGUAAACAUUCAGCUAUCGAAUUUUCGGUCUGAACUUGAGCGGAAGAGGUCGGAUCUCCGGAAGGAUUUGAGACAAUGUUUGAGGGAUGAUUCUUUAGCAGCUGGAAUACGACAACUUUUGAAACAACUUGGGAAGGCGCUAAAGAAGAAGGAGAAGGAAACCGUGAAGGAAGUCUUGGCUAAUGCUCAAGUUGUGCUUACCACCAACACGGGGGCGGCUGAUCCAAUAAUCCGACGCGCGGAUGCUUUUGAUCUUGUUGUUAUAGAUGAAGCAGGUCAAGCAAUCGAGCCUUCGUGUUGGAUUCCGAUAUUGCAAGGAAAGCGUUGUAUACUUGCGGGUGAUCAAUGUCAGCUAGCUCCCGUGAUUCUUUCUAGGAAAGCGUUAGAAGGUGGUCUUGGAAUGUCGUUAUUAGAGAGAGCCACAAGUUUACAUGACGGGAUUCUUGCCACCAGGUUAACAACACAAUACCGAAUGAACGAUGCUAUUUCUAGCUGGGCUUCAAAGGAAAUGUAUGGAGGAUCAUUGACAUCUUCCACUACGGUUUCUUCUCAUCUUCUUGUUGAUUCUCCUUUUGUACAGCCCACUUGGAUAACACAAUGCCCAUUGCUAUUGCUUGAUACAAGGAAGCCAUAUGGUAGUUUAUCACCCGGUUGCGAGGAGCAUUUGGAUCUUGCUGGCACAGGCUCGUUUUACAAUGAAGGGGAGGCGGAUAUCGUUGUUCAACAUGUUCUAUCAUUGAUAUACGCUGGUGUAAGCCCGACGGCAAUUGCGGUGCAGUCUCCAUAUGUGGCUCAGGUGCAGUUACUAAGGGAUAGCCUAGACGAGAUUCCAUUGGCCACUGGGGUAGAGAUUGCAACCAUAGAUAGCUUUCAAGGCAGGGAAGCCGAUGCGGUGAUCAUAUCCAUGGUUCGAUCAAACACUUUGGGAGCCGUUGGUUUUCUCGGGGAUAGUCGACGAAUGAACGUUGCCAUAACGAGAGCACGCAAACAUGUGGCGGUCGUAUGCGAUAGCUCAACGAUAUGCCAUAACACCUUUUUGGCGAGGCUUUUACGGCAUAUCAGGUAUUUUGGUAGAGUAAAGCAUGCUGAACCAGGUGGGUUUGGGGGAUCUGGGCUUGGUAUGAACCCUAUGUUGCCUUCUAUAAGUUGAUGUGGUAUCUCUUCCAAUGCUCCAUGUACAUCCUUCUUUCAGGAGAUUGGUUUUUAAAGCUUUGUAUAUUUGAUUGAUAGCUGUAAAUAAGAAACAUAGAUAUUGUUACUUUUGAUCAAUGUCAAAUGUAAGAUAUACACACAAUCAUUGCACCAUUA